GUCGCCGUACACGCCUCGGCAUCAGCAACAGGUCGUCGGUCUCUCGCGCGCGCUCGUACGUUCCUCUCAUUAAUAUCAGACGCGCCCGGCAAACGAUUCAGUCCCCACGUUGCGUCCGUGUACACGCGUGUGUGUGGUUUUUUUUUUGUUUAUGUUUGUGUGUAUGUGUGUCUGUGCAUUUAUUCUUUCGUAUUAUUAUUAAUAUUAUUUACUUUUAAUUACUGUCAAGACGUAUAAUAAUAAUAUAAUCAUAUAUAUUUAUAUAUUGUUGCACCGGAAAAUGUAUAAGACGAACGAUUAGCGUGUUCAUUCCGAGUUCAGUUCGAUCCACUUUUCGCGAUAUCAUAAUAUUAUUCUACACGACAUAAUAUAUGCGAUUCAAAAUAUUCAAUAUACCCCACUAACAUAUCGUAAAUACAUACCUAUACGUACAAUAUUGUGGUGGUGCGAUUUUAUUUCAAUUUUCUUUUCGUUGUAUAUUUGUUUUUGUGUUUUUGUGCUGUACGCCGUUAAUAUAAUAUAUUACUAAGCGUCGCGCUGUUUUUCUAACUCUCGCGCUGCACCGGGUGAGAAAACGACAUACGAUCAUACGACAGACGCUGUUGGAAAACAUGACCAUGUCCUGCCAAGACAUGGACGCUUUGGGCAUAUACAUGGAACUUAAGCUCGACCCGUUCAUCAAUGACGACAUGAAAGACCUCUGGGAUUCGGAUUUGGACCAGGAUCUCGGCGACGCGCUGAGGGCCACAGAGGACGCGUCCGAUUGGCUGAUCGGCGGAAACGGCCGGUCGAAUUCUCACGUGGUACUGCACGACCGUCUGAUGACCGACGCGCUGUUGGGCAAUGCCCCUAUCAAGGCCGAACACUCGUAUUGUACCACGCACGGGUCUAGCGAAUCGCUGGACGCUAUAGAUUUGGACGAAGAUAGCAGUCAGGACGGAACUUGUAAGCUAACGUUUGAUGAAGUUAGAUGUGAUCGUACAGGUAAUAUCGAAAUGAUUAGUAUCAAAGAGGACUCAACUUCAGUAAAAGAUGAACCGAUGAGUGACCAGGAAUAUGUUGAGACUUCUUCUUGCCCACCAUCACCGUGUUCUGCUUCAGACGAUACGCCCAGACAUUAUGGCAAGGUACAGAAAACCAGUUAUAAUGAACCCACCACGGUUGUAUUGACCUCCAGAGCUUUCCUCAAUCAACCGCAUAGAUUAAUCGUCCCAAACUUCGGUCUGAAAAUGGAUGGCACAGGUUUUUCACUGCCACCUACGCCACCUUCGUCUACGUCCAGCGACAGUGAGGGCGGUAACGUAUCACCGCACCACCGGUCAUCGCCCACCCGGCGGUUGUUCCUGUCGUCAUCCUCGUCGUCAGCCGCCGCCUCCACCACAAUCACCAGCAGCCGGCAGCCCAUACAGACACCUUUGAUUAGCUGUCAGCCGAAAGGAUCUACCGGCGCACUGACGCUCACUGAAGAAGAGAAACGCACCCUGUUAGCCGAAGGCUAUCCGAUACCCACCAGGUUGCCAUUGACCAAGGCCGAAGAGAAGUCGUUAAAAAAAAUCCGAAGAAAAAUUAAAAACAAGAUAUCGGCGCAAGAGAGUCGGCGCAAGAAAAAGGAGUACAUGGAUACUUUGGAAAGGAAGGUGGAGAUUCUCGUUACCGAAAAUAGCGAGUAUAAAAAGAAAAUUGUAAACCUCGAAGAGAGCAAUGGAUCUCUAGUCCAGCAACUACAAAAGUUGCAGAAAUUACUCGGACUGCAAGCAACCCAAAUCAGUCAACAACUGAAGACCAAAUAAUUAAGAACUUACUAGUGGGGUAAACUGUACAUAACGACCAAUGGUGCAAAUACAAUAUGUUUAAGAGUUUUAGUUCAAUGUCGACAGCUAGUCCGUGAUAUUACUAAAUGCGCUUCUGCGAGUAUUCAUAUUUAACUAUAACAAUGCAUGUAUAUGAUGCGAGCAUUGAUUUAAACACGCAGACGAGAUACUCGCAACGAUAUAAGAUAGAGUUAUUAAUUUUUGACGUUCAGUCAAUAUUUUUAAUACAAAAUUUUGAGUCACGUCUGAUAGAACAUAUGAAAUAAUAUGAAAUGCAAAUCACACUUAUGUCUAUACAUGAUAAACGUAUUAUUAUAUUCUGUAAGAAAAAAACGACUGAUGAAAAUAAACACCAAUUAUCGGAUAAAAGUGAUGUUUUUGAUACGCAUAAGUGUAUCAUAAUAAAUCAAAAAUAAUUAACUUUUAAUCUCAUUAUUACUCGUUGUAAGUGCCAAAAUUAUAAUUAUAUACAUAUUUUUCUUUUUUUUUUUUAAUCGCUUGUAUAUCUGUGCGUGUCACAUAUACAUGCUAUACAGACGUUAUAUUUUGUCUAUGUUAUAUAUUUAUAAAUCAAUAAACAAACGAUAAGGAUUGUUUUCCUAGAGUAUUAAUAAAAUAAAUGUAUAAUACAAUUUUUUUUGUUUGUACCUAAGUUUAUUAAUUAAAUUAAUUAUAUAAUAUCGAUUUGUAUAUAAUAUAUUUUAUAAAUUUGGUUUAAUUUUGUUGUUAACUUAAAAUAUAUAUUUUCUAGUUAAAUUAGUUCAAUUUUAAAUAUUAUUGCGUUUUAAACAAAAAAUGAAUUAUUUUGUUUUUAGAAAAAUAUUUUUGUAUAAAAGACAUAUAUUAUAUUAUAUUAUAUUAAAUUAUGUGCAAUUUUUUAGCAGAUUUCUAUUAGCACGUAACAUUAUUAUUUUAUGUUAUAGUGAAUAACACUUGUUUUUUAUGAUUAUUAUUAUUAUUAUUAUUAUUAUUAUUGGGGUAGCACGUACGUUAUAUAUUUUUUAUGUAUUCUCAGUUGUCCCAAAUUACGUUUGAUCCUUUGUUUUAUUUGUGAAUAUUGAAGGGGAAUUAUAAUUGACCAAACAUUGUGCUCAUCAAUAAUUGUUUUUUUAUAUUGUUUUAUUGGAGUUCAUUCGAUUUGUUGAACUCCGUUGUAUAGUUACUACUUAAUCCAAAAUUUAAAUCCCAAACAGUUGGUUAUUAAGAUCAUAUGAAUUAUAAAAAAUUAAAUAUACGAUAUAUGUAUAUAAAUAUAAUAUAUAUAUUAUACUUUUGUUUUUCUUGAAAAA